AUGAAGAAGAAUGGUUGGCAGGGCAGGUUGCAGGAACUGGCAGAUGAUCACGCUAAGCCCCUUGUGGACCCAUAUGCUGCUGGCGAAGGGAGACAUCAUGUAUCGUGGAUUUGGAUGAUGGAUGGUGUUGAUCAUGGCAAUGAUGGUGACGACGAUGAGGUGGAAUUACUCAGGGAAGAGAUGCGCAGGGUGCUGGAAUUUUUUACCUGGCAGCAAGCACAGUGGGAAGAACAGGGAAAGGCAUGUGUUGGGGAGUGUGCCACUGACAUCGAAGACCAUUUUUGUGUCCUAUGGGCACCCUUUCUUUCACUGGAAGAUCCCAUUGACCCGCCACCUCAAUUGACUGAACAUUCAGUACCAGACCUCAUGAUUCCCGACAUUCCCUAA